UUAAAAAAUGACGUACUGUACAAAUAAUUUGGAGAAAACUGAUGUUCUCCCCUGUUUGUCCACAAGGCGGAGCCAAAUCCACUGGCGACGCCACUGAUGCCUCACUGAAAUCAACCAUUUAUUUAUCGACAGUUAUUUUAAGAUAAUAUGCACAACUUAACUCGCCAAACUGAAAACUAUAUUUUAAUUCAUAUUUUAUAUAAUGCUAACCCCACAUUUUUCAGAUGCUUUACAACAAUAAACAGAAUCUUUCUCACCACGGAAUGCUAAAUGUGAGCACGUCUGCCCCACCGUGACAUCACAGUGAACCAGUUAACAGUAACAAUCACCCCCACACCGAUUUAGUGUCAGCGUGUGACAUGAUCAGCUGGCCAAAGGUGCAGGAUGAAAGAUCAUUUCAAAGUAAAAGGAGAGUUGCAGUAUUGUUAUUGUUGUUCGCGGUUAGCCUUGGGUUAUAUGAUAAAUAUGUUUGGCAACGUUGUCUCCUUUUUUUGUACUGCAGCAUUUCUCUUGAUUAUUCAACUUUUACAUUUGUUUUUUAAAGCAUUUUAGUCAUCCUGUUUCAGGUGAAUCUGUGCCCAUUAUAAUCCAUCAAGGGGACAUUGAAUUAAGAAUGAUCAGUCAUCAAUUUUGGCAUGAAUUGAGGCGAUCAAGGAGGAAGACUCAUGAUGUGCUUCAAGAUGCAGUGUGGUCACGGACCAGUUUCAAUUUGCAACUCAAGGCCCCGUUGUAUAUCGUUGACUUCAUAAUCUCUUGUUUUAAUUCAAUGUUUACUGUGCACCCCCCCCCCCCCCCCAAAAAAAAAUAAACGCAGACUCCAAAUCUAUGGGCGGCUUUAUGAAACCCCAAACGAACCACCUCCUGCCCCUCAUAAACAUCACGUCUGCGCUCUUUAGCGCCGCCCCUCCUCCUUUUUCCUCUCUCAUCACCCCGUCCACCUCCCCUUCUCCUUCCAUCCCUCCAUCCAGCACCACCUGUACAUCUGCCACAAGCCAGGCCGCUCAGCAGCGUGCGACGGUCGGAGACCGAGCAGUGAAUCGCUCCUCUUACCGCACCACCAAUUCUUUUUGAUUGUUUGUUUUGUUGGAAAAGAAACGCGAGGCGGAUUCAACGUCGUCGCCUUUAUUUUUGCCGAUAGAAUUGGACGUUUACGCACCGGAUGACGCACGACGAAGCGAGCCGCGUCGGCAUCGCGACCCUGGAUCCUCCCAUCCUCUAAGCAAGGUGCUCCCCAGCCGCGACCAGCCAACUUUUGCGGCCGCUCGGCAGUCGCCGGAGCUUGGCCGCCGACUCGACUCGCCAUGGCCCCCGAGCACCGGCGGGUCUCGCCGCUUUGAAACGAGUCGACUACCCGGCCGAGACAUGGCGAAGAGCCGCGAGCGGCUGAGCCCGGAGCCGUCGGUGCACAUGGCCAAGAUGAACGUCAUCAUCCCCUUCUCGCCCGACGUGCCGUGCGACAGCAACGGCCAGCGCAUGUGGUGGGCUUUCCUCGCCUCGUCCAUGGUCACCUUCUUCGGGGGGCUCUUCAUCAUCCUGUUGUGGCGGACCCUCAAGUACCUGUGGACCGUCUGCUGCCACUGUCGUGACAAGAAGAAGGAGGUGCACAGGCUGACCCCGGCCGACGGCGUCCUCAAACGUGCCGACAAAGACGAGGCGGGGGCGGCGGCGGCCAGCGAGGUGGGAUGGAUGACGUCGGUGAAAGAUUGGGCGGGAGUGAUGAUCUCCGCUCAGACGCUGACGGGACGAGUCCUGGUGGUGCUCGUCUUUGCCCUCAGCAUUGGAGCUCUGGUGAUCUACUUCAUCGACUCCUCAGAUCCCAUCGAGUCUUGUCAGAACUUCUACGAGGACGUCACUCUGCAGAUCGACAUGGCCUUCAACAUUUUCUUUCUCCUUUACUUUGGCCUCCGAUUCAUCGCGGCCAAUGACAAGUUGUGGUUCUGGCUGGAGGUCAACUCGGUGGUGGACUUCUUCACGGUGCCGCCCGUCUUCGUGUCCGUCUACCUGAACCGGAGCUGGCUCGGCUUGAGAUUCUUAAGGGCCUUAAGGUUGAUCCAGUUCUCGGAAAUUUUGCAGUUUUUGAAUAUACUCAAGACGAGCAACUCCAUCAAGCUGGUCAACUUGUGUUCCAUCUUCAUCAGCACGUGGCUCACGGCGGCCGGAUUCAUCCAUUUGGUGGAAAAUUCCGGCGAUCCUUGGGAGAACUUUGAGAAUUCUCAGGCGCUUUCCUACUGGGAAUGUGUGUACCUGCUGAUGGUCACCAUGUCCACGGUGGGCUACGGCGACGUUUACGCCAAAACCACCCUGGGCCGACUCUUUAUGGUCUUCUUCAUCCUUGGUGGUCUGGCCAUGUUUGCGAGCUACGUGCCUGAAAUCAUAGAGUUAAUAGGCAACCGCAAGAAAUACGGUGGUUCCUAUAGUGCUGUUAAUGGCAGAAAGCACAUUGUGGUGUGCGGCCACAUCACUCUGGAGAGCGUCUCCAACUUCCUCAAAGACUUCCUACACAAGGACAGGGAUGAUGUCAAUGUAGAAAUUGUUUUUCUCCAUAAUAUUUCCCCUAAUCUUGAGCUGGAAGCCUUGUUCAAACGCCACUUCACCCAGGUGGAGUUCUACCAGGGCUCCGUCCUCAACCCACACGAUCUGGCCAGAGUCAAAAUUGAAUCAGCCGACGCCUGUUUGAUCCUCGCUAACAAAUAUUGUGCCGAUCCGGAUGCUGAAGAUGCCUCCAACAUCAUGAGAGUAAUUUCCAUCAAGAACUACCACCCAAAGAUCCGCAUCAUUACUCAGAUGUUGCAGUAUCACAACAAGGCACACCUGUUGAACAUCCCCAGCUGGAACUGGAAGGAAGGCGACGACGCCAUCUGCCUGGCUGAGCUGAAGCUGGGCUUCAUCGCUCAGAGCUGCCUGGCUCAAGGCCUGUCCACCAUGCUGGCCAACCUCUUCUCCAUGAGGUCCUUCAUCAAGAUCGAGGAGGACACGUGGCAGAAGUAUUACCUGGAGGGCGUCGCCAACGAGAUGUACACAGAGUACCUGUCAAGUGCCUUUGUGGGCCUGUCCUUUCCUGUCAUCUGCGAAUUGUGUUACGUGAAGCUGAAGCUGCUGCUGAUAGCCAUCGAGUACAAGUCUGAUCAGAGGGAGAGCAGCACGCUCAUCAACCCUGGCAACCACGUGAAGAUGCAGGAGGGGAUGUUGGGUUUCUUCAUUGCCAGCGACGCCAAAGAAGUCAAGAGGGCGUUGUUCUACUGCAAAGCAUGCCACGAUGACGUCACCGAUCCCAAACGCAUAAAGAAAUGCGGAUGCAAGAAAUCUAAAAACACCUAUAAUGGCUUCAUCAAAGCAAUCGAAGAUGACCAACAGUCGAUAGUGUCGUCGAAAAAAAAGCAGCGCAACGGAGGCAUGAGGAACUCCCCCAACUCCUCGCCAAAGAUCGCAAGACGCGAGCCGCUCCUCAUCAGCGUCAACGAGCAGAUGGAAAGCGUGGACGAGAACGUGAAGAAGUACGACUCCACGGGGAUGUUCCACUGGUGCCCAUCCAAGGACAUCGACAAGGUCGUCCUGACUCGAAACGAGGCGGCCAUGACGGUGCUGAGCGGUCACGUGGUGGUGUGCGUCUUCGGCGACAUCAAGUCGGCGGUGAUCGGCCUGCGCAACUUUGUGAUGCCGCUGCGAGCCAGCAACUUCCACUACCGCGAGCUCAAGCACAUCGUCUUCGUGGGCUCGCUCGAGUACCUCAAGCGCGAGUGGGAGACGCUGCACAAUUUCCCCAGAGUCUCCAUCUUGCCCGGCACGCCGCUGAGUCGAGCGGACCUGAGGGCCGUCAACAUCAAUCUCUGCGACAUGUGCGUCAUCCUGUCGGCCAAUCAGAACAAUAUCGACGACACGUCGCUGCAGGACAAAGAGUGCAUCUUGGCGUCGCUCAACAUCAAGUCCAUGCUCUUUGACGACAGCAUCGGCGUCUUGCAGGCCAAUUCCCAAGGCUUCACCCCGCCAGGGAUGGAGCGCUCGUCCCCCGAGAACAGCCCCUUCCACGGAAUCGUGCGGCAGACCUCGGUGACGACGGGGGCCAACAUUCCCAUCAUAACCGAACUGGUUAACGAUUCCAACGUUCAGUUCCUGGAUCAGGACGACGACGACGACCCCGACACGGAGUUGUACCUGACCCAGCCGUUCGCCUGCGGCACCGCCUUCGCCGUCAGCGUGCUCGACUCCUUAAUGAGCGCUACGUACUUCAACGACAACAUCCUGACGCUGAUCCGCACGCUGGUGACGGGCGGCGCCACCCCGGAGCUGGAGGGGCUGCUGGCGGAGGAGAACGCCCUGCGCGGCGGCUACAGCACGCCGCAGACGUUGGCCAACAGGGACCGCUGUCGCGUGGCGCAGCUGGCCUUGCACGACGGGCCCUUCGCCGACCUCGGGGAUGGCGGUUGCUACGGCGACCUGUUUUGCAAAGCGCUGAAAACGUACAACAUGCUCUGCUUCGGCAUCUAUCGGCUCCGUGACGCCCACGUCAACACGCAAAGUCAGUGCACCAAACGCUACGUCAUAACGAAUCCGCCCUACGCCUUCGAGCUGGUGCCCUCCGACCUCAUCUUCUGCCUGAUGCAGUUUGACCACAACGCCAGCCGGGCGCGGGCCAGCCUGUCGCACGCGUCUGGCAAGAAAAGCGCCUCGGCGCACUCCAUCGCCACCAUCAACCGAGCCAACCGCAACAAGAGCAAGGACCCGCGGGACAAGCUCAAGUACGAAAAGGCGCAUGGACAUCUCCUCGCAACGAGCCGGCCUGACCAAUCUUUUUUCCGGAUGGCUCCGUUUGUUUUUCUUGAUAAUGAGGCUCAUUCAAUGAAUAAGGUGACUUUUUUCCACCAUCAGGGCUUCUAAUACAAGCUAGAAAGGGGUUGGGGGGGGGCGGGGGGCGGGGGGGGGGGCCUAAGGUCAGCUUCACAAGUCCUUAUACUGAAAAAUUCACCUUCUUCGUGAUCUAUUUGUAUAUUCGCUCCUGACAGAGUGAGCCAGACAACACUUUGCAAAUUUUGCAUCCAGAACCAAAACCGCCACCGCGCCCGAGUUAAGACUUGGUGGUCGGUUCUCGGAGCUUUUGUGAAGGUUUGACAGUAAGUGUAAAUUCUCUUCGAUCCAGACGUGAAUUUUAUUGUGUACUUUGUUGACAUGCAUUUGCGAUCGGUCCCGGCGGUCGACUGGUGAGCGCGCCGGCGUCCGUUCUGGCUCCGCCUUUCCUGUAUGAAGUUUGCAUGUUCUCAUAUGUGAGUUUCCUGAAUAUUACAAGAGAACGUUUCAGGAGCUGUCAGGUGUGUGCAGCCUUUUUUUUUUUUUUUUUAAUAAAAGCCGGCGUGACAUCUCGACCCCUGCGAUCUUCUUCUUCAGCGGGCUCUGGAGAACUCAAUUCCACGUGUACGAGAACAAUAAAAGUUUCCAUUUGCGUCCGUGCCCCAUUU